AUGCAAAAUCCCAAGACACCACCAUAUCGAGACUCUACGAGUCCAUCCACGAGUUCCGGGAGAGCGAACGCAACGCUUGUAUUCUUAUGCCGGAAUAGCGACCUGGCUGGCGUGGUUAGCACCAUCCAACAAGUCGAAGACAGGUUCAACAAGAAAUUCGGAUAUCCUUGGGUCCUGCUUAACGACGAGGAAUUUACGGAUUACUUUAAGACCCGUGUGAGCGUGUUGACGGAUGCCCCGAUGCAAUUUGGGCUUAUCCCAAGGGAACACUGGGUCCAGCCGGACUGGAUAGACGAAGGCAGGGCACAGCAGGCAAGGAGAACGAUGAAGAUGCAAGGAGUCAUCUAUGGAGAUAGUGUUUCAUAUCGAAAUAUGUGCCGAUUCAACUCAGGGUUCUUCUAUAAGCACUCGCUUCUGCAACCCUAUAGAUAUUACUGGCGCGUCGAGCCGUCGAUUAAAUUGUAUUGCGAUCUAGACUACGACCCCUUCCUGUUUAUGGAGGAGCACAAAAAGACCUACGGAUUUACAAUCACGUUCGACGAGAUUCCGAAAACGGUCCCGACCUUGUGGGAUACCGUUAAAGAAUUUAUGAAAGAACAUCCAGAGUAUAUAGACAAGGAUAACGGGAUGGAUUAUUUAUCGGAGGACCACGGCCUUACAUGGAACUUGUGUCAUUUCUGGAGUAACUUCGAAAUAGCCGACAUGGAUUUCUGGCGGAGCGAAGCCUACGAAGCCUUCUUCGGCUUCCUCGAGUCGAAAGGCGGGUUCUACUACGAGCGGUGGGGCGACGCGCCGGUCCACAGCAUCGCCGCGGCGCUCUUCCAGCCGAAGGAUCGGAUCCACUUCUUCAGCGACAUCGGGUACCGCCACGACCCGUUUCAGCAUUGCCCGAGAGGAUACGAUGAAUGGAGGAGAGGGAAGUGUGCGUGCGAUAGGCAUGAUACGUUCGAUUAUGCAGGGCAAUCGUGUUUGUGGAGGUUUGAGGAUCUGUUCUACAUGCAAGGGAAGGUGUCAUAGGGUAGUGUUCGAGGGGAAGUGCGGUGUACA